AUGCCGCAGUCUUUUGAGGCGAUUCACAACGAUAUUCACGAUAAAACAAACAUACAACCACCGAAACGACAAAAUUCUCUUCCAGUCGGUCCAGGAAGGCUCUACUCAACACCGCUACAUUUUCCGAUCAGGCCAUCUAGGCCAGGUGACGGUUUGGUCAGGGAGUUUCCUGGAGCCGAAUCCACUUCAACGGGUGACCCUGGAUUUUUCAGCAGAACCCUGCACCCUCCCACAAGGCUGAAGUCGUGUGAAAGUGGUGUAAGCUCAGUGUUCUCGCAAUGAUC